UAGGGCUGGCGAGAAAGGUGAAAAUGCGGAAGUUUCCACCCCGCUGUGGUAUUUUGAAGAUUGGAUCCUAAACCUUGCUGUCGGUUCCCUGGGCGGCAUUCCCAGGAUAUAUACACACACAGGAUCCAUGGCUACAUUAAAUUCAGAGCGGAGAGCGUUCGCUCAGAGGAUCAAUAGGUAUUCCUCAGCUGAAAUGAGAAGGCAGUGUUUCCAACAAACAAAUCAUGCAGCUAUUUUUCACCAACGCACUUCCAGUGUCAUUGGCUCCCCAUCAUUGCAUAUACCUCCAUUUUAUGACCCUGUGGUACCACUGGAUUUUGAGGAGUUUGUGAUGUCACAGAUCAACAUUAUAGAGCCUGACCUUCAGCAAGACCUGGGAGACUUCCCUGACGAUGACCUGGAAAUUACUUUUAUUCCAAGAGAAUGCAGAACGGUGCACCCUUCAGUCCCUGAAGAAGGAGUUGGUUUAGAUCCACUUGUACGAGACUGUGUCCAGACCUACACUCAGGGUUGGCUCAUUGUCGACAGAAGGAACCAAGGAGAAAUUGGGGCUCUGAGUUCAAACAGACUUGAAUCGAGGAGGGAUCUGUACAAGACUCUUCCAAAGCAGUUGUUUGAAUCUGAAGAAAGUGGCAAUACAGUCAGUCAAGAGGAUGAUGCAAGACCUCAUCUGGUUCUGUGUGAUCAGCCAGGGAGGGCAACGUUGACAUCCUGUGACUUUGACCUUCGCAGCUUGCAGCCAGAUACCCGUUUAGAAAAUAUACUUCAGCCCAUCACACCAGAGGGACUCGAUAAACAAAAUGAAGAAACACGCAGAGCCAACAGGCAUAUGGAAUUAUUUGCACUCUAUCCACCAAUAGAUGAGGAGGAUGCUGUGGAGAUUCGGCCAAUUCCUGACUGUCCAAAGGAGCACAUUGGCCACAGGAUCCAUGUAAAGUGCCACACUUUAAAGUUUGAAAUUGAAGUGGAACCACUCUUUGCCAGUUUAGCCUUGUAUGAUUUAAAAGAGAAGAAAAAGAUUUCCGAAAAUUUCUACUGUGAUUUGAACACUGACCAGAUCAAAGCCUUUCUUCGUUCUCACACGAAUCAAAUGGCGCCAUCCAGUCUGAGUAGGUCAGCCAUCUUCUCCAUCACCUACCCUUCUCCAGACAUCUACCUGGUCAUUAAGAUUGAGAAAGUCCUUCAGCAGGGAGAUAUUGCAGAAUGUGCUGAACCAUAUAUUGUCAUGAAAGAAUCGGAGUCUGCCAAAAAUAAAGACAAGAUUGAGAAACUGAAAUCUCAAGCAGAGAACUUUUGCCAGCGAUUGGGGAAAUACCGUAUGCCGUUUGCCUGGGCUUACAUAAACAUCAUGAACGUGGUCUCGACAGCAUCAGACAGGGAUUCAGUGGAGGUUGAAAACAUCAAUGGUAAAGGAAACAGUGGAGACAAGAAAGUUUUCACACAACAAAGAAGACUUUCUGAGAGGUCAGCUUUUCUGGAGGAUCAGUAUAAUCUGUCCAGUUUCAAAGCAGCCACAAUUACCAUCAAUAAUUUCUUCAAACAGGAAGGCGACAGGCUAAGUGACGAAGAUUUACUCAAGUUUUUAGCGGAACUGAAAAGGUCUUCUGCAUCACUAAGGAGACUGCGGCCAAUAUCAGGUUUAAUCAAGCUUGAAAUUUCACCAGCUGCAGAGAACCCCCCCUGCUGUUUUACACCUGAACUUUUGCCUGUGAAACCACUUAUUGAAAACCGCAGCCGACCAAUUAAAGAAAUCCUUGAGUUCCCGUCUCAUGAAGUCUUCGUUCCACAUACGUCAUACAGGAAUCUACUUUAUGUCUAUCCACAGCGGCUUAAUUUCGGCAAUCGGUUAGCCUCUGCUAGAAAUAUCACAAUCAAAAUCCAGUUCUUUGCAGAUGAGGAUCUGAAUAAUCCCAUGCAGGUUAUCUUUGGAAAGUCAAGCAGUGCAGAGUUUGUUUCAGAAAUGUACACUUCAGUUACUUAUCAUAACAAGUCUCCUGAUUUUUAUGAGGAAGUGAAAGUUAAACUUCCAGCCAAGAUUACAGAAAAACACCAUUUGCUGUUUACAUUCUAUCACAUCAGCUGUCAACAGAAACAAAACCAAGGAGGCUCAGUGGAGUCUCUGAUUGGCUACUCAUGGUUACCAAUUCUAAUGAAUGAGCGUCUUCAGACAGGCCAUUACUGCCUGCCAAUGGCCUUGGAAAGGCUUCCCAACAAAUACUCCAUGCACUCACCAGAGCAGAAGAUUCCAAACCAGAAUCCACCGGUCAAGUGGCUAGAUGGUCAUAAAGGUGUAUUCAGUGUGGAGAUACAAGCUGUUUCCUCGGUGCAUACGCAGGACAAUCACCUUGAUAAAUUCUUCGCUCUGUGCCACACCCUGGAAGGCCAGGUGACAUUUCCAUGUUGGAUACUGGAUCAAAAGAUAACAGAAAAUGAACUGGAGCAUGAGCUGAAAUUGAGUAUAAUCUCACUGCCAUCAGCUCGGCUUGAACCAUUGGUCCUGUUUCUGCACCAGAUCAUGGAUAAGCUUUUCCAGCUGACAAUCCAGCCCAUUGUUGUCGCAGGCCAGACAGCCAAUCUUGCCCAACUCACAUUUGAGUCGGUUGUGUCAAUAGUGAACAGCCUUCAUAACAGCCCUGACCUCAGCAAAGAUCAGCAUGGACGCAAUUGCCUCCUCAUGUCUUAUGUCCACUACGUAUUUCGCCUGCCAGAUAUUCAGAAAGAGUUGGCAAAAGGAGUUUCAGCAGCACCUCCAAUUUUACCAGAGAGCCGUUAUUAUACUGUGGGGCGUUCCAGUGCAGCUCAUGUGGGAUCCAGAUUGUUACAAUCCCGCAUCAUGAGUAGCAGCAAUCCUGAUAUUGCUGGCACUCAGGCAUUAGCUGAUGAAGAAAUUAAAAAUGCCAUGUCCUCAAAGGGAAUGGAUCGAAGCGGUGUGCGGAUGUCUUCCUACGUCGAAGUCAGCAGCUAUUUCCACAACGCUAGCUCAGUUGGACGAUCAUCAACCAGAAAGCAAUUUCACGAAGAGCUGGCACUGCAGAUGGUCGUCAGUACAGGAAUGGUGAGAGAAAACGUCUUCAAAUAUGCCUGGUUCUUCUUUGAGCUUCUGAUUAAAAGCAUGGCUCAGUACUUUUGCAUGAUGGAAAAGCAGGAAUGUUCCCGAAAAUUACGCUUUUCUGAUCGCUUCAAAGAUGACAUUACCACGAUCGUCAAUGUGGUUACAGCAGAGAUUGGCACAAUUCUUGUGAAACAACAAAAGGAAACAGAGCAGGCUGAAAAAAUCAACAUAAGCUUGGCAUUUUUCCUGUACGACCUUCUAUCGCUCAUGGACCGUGGCUUUGUGUUUAGUCUCAUUAGAAAUUAUUGCUGCCAGCUUUCUAUCAAACUGCAAUCAAUGCCCACCCUCAUUUCGAUGAGACUGGAGUUCCUGAGGAUUCUCUGCAGCCAUGAACACUAUCUCAGCCUCAACCUUUUCUUUAUCACCAAUCUGUCUGCACCAGCUUCCCCAUGCCUCUCAAUAUCAUCACAGAAUUCUAGUUCGUCUUCAAGUGUCCAAGACCAAAGGAUUGCCAACAUGUUUGAGCUUUCAGCUGAUUAUCGUCAACAGCACUUUCUGACUGGACUGCUGUUCACUGAGCUCACAGCUGCACUGGAUACUGACAUAGAAGGGAUAGCAAAGGUUCAAAAGAAAGCUGUCAAUGCCAUUGUCAGUCUGCUGUGUUCCCACGAUCUGGACUCUCGCUAUUCAAAACCAGAGAUCAAAGCAAAAGUAGCUGCCUUGUACCUCCCUCUGAUCGGGAUCAUUCUAGAUGCAUUGCCACAGCUCUAUGACUUCACAGAUGCUCGGACCAGGAAGAUUCGUCCAAGUAGUUCAGAUGGUGAGAACGACACCAACCCCAUCAAUCCGUCCAUUGCCUCAUCAAUAGCUGGAAAUGCAGGAAACACCAUGCUGAAGAGCUCAGCGACAACCUUUACAUCUCUGCUAAGCAAACAGCUAACCCCAUUGGCUGCUGACGCCAGUCGGGAUUUACUGAUUUCCUUUUUAUGGAUCUUGAAGAAUGCUGAUCAAACACUUAUCAGAAAAUGGAUUAUAGAUCUUCCUGUCACCCAACUCAACAAGAUCCUAGACCUGUUGCACCUCUGUGUUUCGUGCUUUGAGUAUAGGAGCAAAGUAACUUCAGAUAAAGUCAGCACACAGGCCCUCCAGAAAAGCAAACACACCAAGGCACGACUGGAGGAAGUGCUUCUGGGAAACGCAGGAGCCAGGGGAGAGAUGAUGAAGCGAUGCCGUGGGCCAGGAAAUGAAAGAAACUUUGGAAUAAAUGAAAACCUGCGAUGGAGAAAAGAUCAAACGCAGUGGCGACAAGGCAAUGAGAGACAGGAAAAAACUAAAGCAGACCUGGAUCAGGAAGCGCUGGUCUCUGGAAACCUAGUUACGGAGGCUAAUCUCGUUAUUUUAGACACACUAGAGAUAAUUAUAAAGGCAAUUUUGGUAUCCGACUGUAAGGACAGUGUCUUGGGAAACAUUCUCAGGGUGAUUCUUCACAGCCUGGGCUGUAAUCAGAGCUCCUACUACCUGACACAUUGCUUCAACUCAUUGAGAGCACUCAUAGCCAAGUAUGCAGACCUACUGUUUGAAGAGGAAGCAGAGCAGUGUUCUGACAUGUGUCAGAGAGUGUUACACCAUUGCAGCAGCAGCAUGGACAGUACCAGGACCCAAGCCUGUGCCACACUGUACCUCAUCAUGAGGCACAGCUUUAGUACAAUCAGCAAUUUUGCUAGAGUUAAAAUGCAGGUCACCAUGUCGUUAGCAUCUCUGGUGGGUAAAUCAUCAGAUUUUAAUGAAGAAUAUUUGAGGCGAGCUUUACGAACUGUUCUGGCUUAUGCAGAGGAAGAUGAUGAUAUGCAACCGACAAUGUUUCCAAUUCAGGUGGAGGAACUACUGUUUAAUCUCAACAGCAUCUUAUCUGACACUGUCAAAAUGAGGGAGUUCCAGAAAGAUCCUGAGAUGCUCAUGGAUCUAAUGUACAGGUUGGCUAAAGGAUAUCAGACUUCACCUGACCUACGUUUGACCUGGCUACAGAACAUGGCUGAGAAGCAUACGAAGAGGCAGUGUUACACUGAGGCUGCAUUGUGUUUGGUGCAUGCUGCAGCACUGGUAGCAGAGUACCUCAGCAUGUUGGAAGAUCACAAGUACCUUCCUGUGGGCAGUGUUAGCUUUCAGAAUAUAUCACCUAAUGUUCUGGAAGAAUCUGCAGUAUCAGAUGAUAUCUUGUCCCCAGAUGAAGACGGAAUAUGCAGUGGAAGAUAUUUCAGUGAAAAUGGUCUUGUGGGUUUGCUUGAACAAGCUGCUGAGCUUUUCAGCACGGCCUGCAUGUUUGAAAGUGUGAAUGAAGUCUACAAAGUUGUCAUACCAAUUCAAGAAGCCCAUAGAGAUGUCAACAAAUUGGCUUAUAUACAUGAGAAGCUCAAAAAAGCAUUUGAAAGCAUAACAGCAAAGGGUUCUAAGCGGAUGUUUGGCACGUAUUUCCGUGUUGCAUUCUAUGGAGCGAAAUUUGGGGAUUUGGAUGAACAGGAAUAUAUCUACAAAGAACCUGCCAUUACCAAACUACCAGAAAUUUCUCAUCGGCUGGAGGCAUUUUAUGGACAGUGUUUUGGUGAUGCUGCUGUGGAGGUUAUUAAAGAUUCUAGCCCUGUCGAAAAGGGCAAGUUGGAUCCCAACAAGGCCUACAUACAAAUAACAUUUGUGGAGCCAUUCUUUGAUGAUUAUGAAAUGAAAGAUAGAGUCACCUAUUUUGAAAAGAAUUUUAAUCUUCGGCGCUUCAUGUACACCACGCCCUUCACGAAGGAUGGACGUCCUCGGGGAGACCUGAAAGAACAAUACAAGAGGAAGACAAUCCUGACAACCCAGCAUGCAUUCCCUUACAUCAAAACGAGAAUUAAUGUCAUUCAGAAAGAAGAGUUUAUUCUAACACCUAUUGAGGUAGCUAUUGAAGAUAUGCAGAAGAAAACACUCGAGUUAGCAGUUGCAACUCAACAGGAACCUCCAGAUCCCAAGAUGCUUCAGAUGGUGCUACAAGGUUCGGUGGGAGCUACUGUAAACCAGGGUCCAUUAGAAGUAGCACAAGUAUUUCUGGCGGAAAUUCCAGAAGAUUCAAAGCUCUUCAGACAUCACAAUAAAUUAAGGUUAUGCUUCAAAGAGUUUAUCAUGCGAUGUGGUGAGGCUGUGGAGAAGAACAAAGGGCUGAUUGCCACUGACCAAAAGGAAUAUCAACAAGAACUGAAGAAGAAUUACAACAAAUUGAAGGAGAACCUAAGACCAAUGAUUGGGCGCAAGAUCCCAGACCUGUAUAAACCAGUGGUUAAAAUCCACAGAGAGAGCAAGGGAUCCUUUAAAAGAUCAAGUUUCAGAAAGUACGAGACAUCACCAUCAAGUGCACAGAACAGCUGAUGGAAUCCGAGUCAAUGUGAGACACUAGGAUUUGUCCUUCAUCGUUCAUUUGCAAUAAGGGCAAUGCAUUGAGUGCUUAAAGCCAUCAAGGCAGAUGAGUGAAAAGUAUGUAACCUGAACUUGAUUAAUUUUUAAAAGGUGAAGCACUUUUAAUAAGGUAACAACCAUGGACUGAUACUGAUAUCAUAUAUUUCACGUGCAGACAACAUUGCCAAGUGUCAUUUUAAGCUGCUGUUUGAAAAUUCAACUCACAAAAGUGGUUUUAAUGCCAUGUCUUCCUGCAUUUCUCCAUGAUAUCAGCUGGGAGCAUUUAUUGCCCUGUCAUUGUAUUCCUGACCAAUUAAUAGAUCUGUGUUUAAUGUUUACAUGAACUGGCAGUGUAUUUUAGAACCACAAGUACAGCUAGUUGUUAUAUUGAUGUUCCUCUCUGUUACGUUUGUAUAUAGCCUAUUACAUAUUCUUUUUGAGACUGUCAUUGAAUUUUAAACACAGUGAUAGCACUUUUUGUCUUAGAUCUAUUGAUAGAAUCUUGUUGUUAAAAUAUAAUAUUGGAUUUGAAUCAAGAUGUUUUUUCAGUGUAUAUAUCUUAUAUAUAUAUGCUAUUAGGUGCCUGUAAUCUGUUCUGCAACUCAUAUACCUCUGUUGUUAAACUCAGUGCAAUUUUGACUACUUCAUGGGUGUGAAUUUAUAUACUAACUAUAUUUGAGACACAAUAAGUCCAGAAUGAUAUUUACCUUGCAACUUUACAACACUGUUUAAUUUCUGAAGUUCAGAUCUAUGACAUCCUAUUAUCCAAAACAGGUAUGGACCAAUGAAGGAAGGAUUAUUUUAAACAUUCAAUGAAAUGCAAUAUGCUUGUGGUCUGAGAAUAUAACAUUCCCAGUAUUGCCACGUAAUUGAUCCAAAUGAAGACGUUAAAAUGAAUAAGGACAUCCAAACACUUGAUUUUAGGAUGUGAUGAUUUACUAAGUGACUAUCAGAAAGUGAUUCAUUGAUUACAUGGGACAUGCUGGGCAAAUGAAAUUAAUUCUUUAUGCAGUCUCAUCCUGGAAGUUUAUGUUAUUUUUAUUUCCCUUUAACUUGGAUAAGAUAUCCUCUUUCGAUAAAAGCUGAUCUGCUCAGAGAUGUAAUUUUGAAUUGCUCAGCGGCGAUAUCCAAAUUGCAAAAUAUGCUUCUAGACUCGUUAUUAUUGAUAUUUGUAAACUGCCUUGAGUUCUCAUUUGUAUAUUAUCUUGUGUACAGAAACUUCUGACCAUGCAAAAUAAAACUUGUCAACCAAUGGGA